AUCUUGGCGUCGAAGAGUGAGAAAGAAAGCUGAUCGACUCCAUACAUGGCUUCUGCGAGUGAUGGCUGGAAGUAUUUCUUCCCCUACCUCUCCUUCGUCUUCGCCAUUCUUUACUUCACUCACUCCCAUUUCGCUGCCAAACUCUUCAUCGGCAAUGAAACGGUGCGUAUCAAGAAGACUUCGGAUCUUCCCCUCCGGUUCCGUUCCGAUGGUACCUUCAAAAUCCUCCAGGUGGCUGAUAUGCAUUUUGGAAGUGGCAUCAUAACAAGUUGCCGAGAUGUGUUGGAUUCUGAGUUCGAGUAUUGUUCCGAUCUUAAUACGACGCGAUUUCUUAGGCGCUUGGUUGAGGCUGAGAAUCCUGAUUUUAUUGCCUUUACCGGUGAUAAUAUAUUUGGGUCGAGUACCACUGAUGCUGCAGAGUCUAUGUUUAAAGCCUUUGGCCCUGCCAUGGAAUCAGGACUUCCUUGGGCAGCAGUUCUUGGAAACCAUGAUCAAGAAUCAACUAUGAAUCGUGAAGAAUUGAUGUCUUUAAUCUCCCUCAUGGAUUAUUCAGUCUCGCAGGUCAAUCCAUGGACUGAUGGUCUCUCUAAUCCUACCCAAGAUGGCAUAGCAAGUAAUAUUGAUGGCUUUGGCAAUUAUCACCUCAGAGUUUAUGGUGCCCCAGGCUCCACAUUGGCAAAUAGCAGCAUUAUGAAUCUCUACUUUCUCGACAGUGGAGACAGGGCUGUUUAUCAGGGAAAGCAAACUUAUGGAUGGAUCAACGAGUCUCAGCUUAAUUGGCUUCGUAAUGUUUCUCAAGAAUUUCGGGCACAAAAGCAGGAUCCUCUUCCUUUUUCUGAUGCAUUUCCGCCUCCUGCACCUCCGGCGCUUGCGUUUUUCCAUAUCCCAAUCCCAGAAAUUUGGCAGCUGUUCUACAGAGAGAUUGUUGGUGAAUUUCAAGAAAGGGUCGCAUGUUCAUCAGUGAAUUCAGGGGUCUUGAAGACCUUUGCUUCCAUGGUAGAUGUGAAGGCUGUGUUUAUGGGCCAUGACCACAAAAAUGACUUCUGUGGAAACUUGGAUGGUAUCUGGUUCUGUUAUGGUGGUGGCUUUGGAUACCAUGCCUAUGGAAAGGCUGGGUGGCCUAGGAGAGCAAGGAUCAUUCUGGCUGAACUUCAGAAGGGACAAAGCUCCUGGAUGGGCGUCGAGAAAAUCAGGACGUGGAAACGUCUCGAUGAUGAGAAGCUUAGCAGGAUUCAUGAACAAAUUCUUUGGGAUUCACGGCUGUCCGGAUGAUCGUGCUGCUACUGCUCGGCUGUAACAGGAUAAUGCACUACUGGUUGAACAGCUGCAUCAGAUGGGCAUGUGAAAACGCCGUGGCAGAAGAUCAUGGAAUACUAAAAUAGGAGAACGAAGACCUGCUGAGCAAGCUCUGGCGUUUGGAACAAGGUCAAAGAAUGUCUUCUAAACAAUUUAACUAAUCAGUUUUCUUGAGAAACUUGCAACAGUUGCCACGAUUGAGUUCUUCACGCCACGCAGUAUCUGUAUUGUAUUGUUUGUUGAUAUACUUUCUCUCUGACCUAUGAAUCACUCAUUCUUCUAAUGAUUUUGAUACAAGUUGGGGGCAUUUGGUGUUUGGAAGUUAA